AUGACGCUUUAUCUUCUGAACCAAUGGAAGAAUCAACCCGGUGGAGCUCAAAAUGCAAGUGCAUUUUUGCUUGCUUUGAAAAGUGAGCAUUCGUCGAUGCGCGAAAAGGAACUGAUCAUUGAGGUAUUGGAUGACUGGGAUGUUCUGACACCAACUUGGUUUGAAGUGGCCGACUAUCUAAGCGUCAUCGAAGGACUUCAUGAAGAUGAGCAUUUUAAACAGCGUUAUCUUGCUGCUCUUCUAGCUUCCAAGGUUGCUUUUUGUUUGGGCGACUAUAAUGGUGCGUUGCAACUUGCUUUAGCGGCUGAAGAUAAAUUCCAACUCACGCCACGGUCACCUUCGAUUCUUGUUGGCUCGCAAGAUGAGCAGUAUGUGAAUAAAAUAAUCGAGCAUGCGCUGGAUACAUAUAAACAAGCUAAGCGUAAUGAAGAUGAAAUAGAUCCUCGGCUGGAAAAACUCAUUAAUCGACUUUUCGAGAGAAACAUGAAAAGACGAGAACUGAGAUAUGUGAUUGGACUUGCACUGGAUACGCGUAGAACGGAUAUGAUUUUAGUCGCUAUAAAGGCUACUGAUGAUCAGGCAGCUUUGUUAACCGAAACUGUAGCGAAAGUAUUGGAGUCACAAAUGGAUCGUGCUUUUCGAAGUAUAGUUUUGGAUUUGCUACUUCGUCUGUUUGCUGAACUGGAAGAGCCCGACUUUGUUUCCAUGUGCCAAUGUUUGAUCAAACUUGAAAAACCAAAUGAUGUUGCGGAUAUUCUGCAGCGAUUGGUUUCCAAUAAGGGUGACAGUGGUGUAUUAUUAGCAUAUCAGAUUGCUUUUGAUUUGUAUGAGAAUGCUUCGCAGCAAUUUAUCAGUAAAAUAGAACAAUCUCUCAUAGACAGCACUCCGAUAGAUGCACCAACAACGAGUAAUGCGUUGAUACAGCCUAUGGAAAUUACCACUGAAGGAAAAAUAGAGCCUAGUAGAAACACUGCCGUAAUUGCUUCGAAAGCUACUACUGUUAAUAAAGAAACGGAAGAAGGAAAGAACGAUGAACACUCGAAGGAUACGUCCUCAUCUGAAUCAAUGGAGGAGAAAGAGAAGCAGAAAAGGAGCAAUCCUGAAAUCAAGUCUUGUGAAGAUGCCGUUGCUGGUGGUUCUUCCAGCACAAUAGGUGAUGGGGCAAAAAUGAUGGUAAUGGAUGCAUCAUUUCCAGAAAAAUCGAAAAUAAAGGAUAAGGUAAUCUGUGAACGUUUGCGAUCAAUUUUGCGUGGCGAGCAAACUAUCAAGCAUCAUAUGCAGUUUCUUAUAAAAAAUAAUCACACUGAUAUGCUAAUUUUAAAACAAAUAAAGGAAAGCGUACGAACAGCAUCAGCACAUAAUGCUACUGUCAUUGCAAAUGGCUUGAUGCAUUUAGGAACAACAACUGAUGAUUUUUUGAGAGAUAAUUUGGAGUGGAUAAGCAAAGCAACGAACUGGAAUAAAUUCAAUGCUGUGGCAUCACUUGGACUUAUUCAUAAAGGUCAUGAAACGAAUGCAUUGAAGUUGUUAGAUCCGUAUUUGCCGAAGGGUGAAGCUGAUCAGUUUGGAUUUAAGGAGGGUGGUUCGCUGUAUGCUUAUGGACUGAUUCAUGCAAAUCACGGUAAUGCUGAAGUGAUCGCCUAUCUUCGGGAUCAGUUAUUGAAGGCGACAACGUCAGCAGCACGUCAUGGAGCAUGUCUUGGCCUUGGUUUGGCUGCAAUGGGAACACAUGAUGAACAAGUGUUUGUACAAUUGCGUGAUUGUUUAUAUCAAGAUGAUGCCGUGACAGGUGAAGCCGCUGGACUAGCAAUGGGUCUUGUAAUGGUUGGGGGAAUGCAAACGGAAGCGUAUCAGGAAAUGGUACAAUAUGUGUGUGACACACAGCACGAUAAAAUUCAGCGUGGUUUGCGUACAGGCAUCGCCUUACUUGCUUAUGGGCAACAAGAAGAAGCAGAAAAACUGAUAGCCCCCUUGUUAGAGCACAAAUCAAAUUCGGUAUUGCGUUCAACUGCAGUUUGUAUGCUUGCAAUGGCGUAUGCGGGAUCAGGUAAAGCAGAUGUGGUUCGACGUCUAUUGGCUAAAGUUGCAGCUGAUCCAAAUCAAGAUGUGAAACGUUUCGCUGUUAUCGCCAUUGGUUUCGUUCUUAGCAAUGAUGCAGAACAGUGUCUUAGCUAUACUGGUAUGUUAGCUGAACAUUUCAACCCGCAUGUACGAUAUGGCGCUGCUAUGGCAUUAGGCAUCUCUUGUGCAGGAUCUGGUUAUAAAGAAGCUAUCGCGCUGCUUGAUCCACUGCUGAGCGCCAAAGAAAACUUUGUACGACAAGGUGCUGUCAUUGCUUUAUCGUUUAUCCUGAUCCAGCAGACGGACUCAAUUUGUCCGAAAGUAAAUGAAUUUCGAAGAACACUGACGAAGAUGAUAACGGAGAAAGGUGAAGACUCAAUCACAAAACUGGGUGCAAUCCUUGCUCAAGGUAUUAUCGAUGCUGGUGGUCGUAACGUCACGAUAUCACUUCAUAAUCGUAAUGGCCAUCCUGAUAUGCCAAGUGUUGUUGGGACAUUCGUUUUCCUUCAGUACUGGUAUUGGCAUUCCUUAGCACAUUUUUCGUCAUUAGUAUUCAAACCAACCUGUGUGAUCGGUCUUAAUUUGAAUCUCGAAAUGCCAAAAACAGAAUUUCGUUGCAAUGCGAAGCCUUCAACCUUUGCUUAUCCACCUCCUUUGGAGGAGAAGAAAAAAGAAGAAAAUGAAAAGGUGGAAACAGCAGUUCUUUCUGUAACUCACAAGAAGAAACCCUCAAUUCUUGAUCGGUCAAGCGCUAAUGCAGUCAAAGAAGCCAAAGUUAGGGGAGAAAAAUCUGAGAAAGAAAAGGAGGAGGAAAUGGAGGUUGACAGUACACCUGCUACAACGGUUUCAGCUGAUUCUGCUGCUGCUGUGCCUACCGCAAUUGCUGCAAAUUCGGAACACAAAUUAACUGAACUGAAGAGCAAAGAAUCAGAACCAACCAACUAUACUCUGCAAAAUCCAGCUCGUAUUGUUCGCCUGCAAUUGAAAACUUUACAAAUGACUGAAAACAGUCGUUAUAAACCGCUGAAAGCACUUUCUCAGGGAGGAAUAAUUAUGCUUCGUGACAAGAAAGCUGGACAAGAGAAGGAAGAAAUUGUGGCAUUAGCGGCAGCUGGGGGAACGCGCGUGGAAGGUAAAGACAAUUCAGAAGAAGCGAAACCACAUACUCCUUUUGAAAUUAAUAUCACCUCAUACUGA